AUGUCACACGCAAACGGAGCCCUCCUAGGCGUGACUACGCCGGACCACGCCAGAGCUCGAGCCGUCGCCGCGCGCCCGAUAGUCCCCUUCCCGCAUGCACCCUCCCCCUUUCCCGCUUCGCGGUUUCGAUUGUACGCCUCUCUAUCUCCCCCUCCCUCCAUCCGUAAAAAAUCAUCCCAACUCCCGUGCGCACGUUCCCGCAUCCCGUUCUCCUCUCCCCGCCUCCGUUCUCCUCUCCCCGCCUCCGUUCUCCUCUCCCCGCCUCCGUUCUCCUCUCCCCGCCUCCGUUCUCCUCUCCUCGCCUCCGUUCUCCUCUCCCCGCCCCCGUUCUCCUCUCCCCGCCUCCGUUCUCCUCUCCCCGCCUCCGUUCUCCUCUCCCCCCCUCCGAUCUCCUCUCCCCGCCUCCGUUCCCCUCUCCCCGCCUCCGUUCUCCCCGCCUCCGUUCUCCUCUCCCCGCCUCCGUUCUCCUCUCCCCGCCUCCGUUCUCCUCUCCCCGCCUCCGUUCUCCUCUCCCCGCCUCCGUUCUCAUCUCCCCGCCUCCGUUCUCCUCUCCCCUCCUCCGUUCUCCUCUCCGCGCCAUCCGAUCUCCUCUCCCCGCCUCCGUUCUCCUCUCCCCGCCUCCGUUCUCCUCUCCCCGCCUCCGUUCUCCUCUCCCCGCCUCCGUUCUCCUCUCCCCGCCUCAGUUCUCCUCUCCGCGCCAUCCGAUCUCCUCUCCGCGCCAUCCGAUCUCCUCUCCCCGCCUCCGUUCUCCUCUCCCCGCCUCCGUUCUCCUCUCCCCGCCUCCGUUCUCCUCUCCCCGCCUCCGUUCUCCUCUCCGCGCCAUCCGAUCUCCUCUCCGCGCCAUCCGAUCUCCUCUCCCCGCCUCCGUUCUCCUCUCCGCGCCAUCCGAUCUCCUCUCCCCGCCUCCGUUCUCCUCUCCCCGCCUCCGUUCUCCUCUCCCCGCCUCCGUUCUCCUCUCCCCGCCUCCGUUCUCCUCUCCGCGCCAUCCGAUCUCCUCUCCCCGCCUCCGUUCUCCUCUCCCCGCCCCCGUUCUCCUCUCCCCGCCUCCGUUCUCCUCUCCCCGCCUCCGUUCUCCUCUCCCCCCCUCCGAUCUCCUCUCCCCGCCUCCGUUCCCCUCUCCCCGCCUCCGUUCUCCCCGCCUCCGUUCUCCUCUCCCCGCCUCCGUUCUCCUCUCCCCGCCUCCGUUCUCCUCUCCCCGCCUCCGUUCUCCUCUCCCCGCCUCCGUUCUCAUCUCCCCGCCUCCGUUCUCCUCUCCCCUCCUCCGUUCUCCUCUCCGCGCCAUCCGAUCUCCUCUCCCCGCCUCCGUUCUCCUCUCCCCGCCUCCGUUCUCCUCUCCCCGCCUCCGUUCUCCUCUCCCCGCCUCCGUUCUCCUCUCCCCGCCUCAGUUCUCCUCUCCGCGCCAUCCGAUCUCCUCUCCGCGCCAUCCGAUCUCCUCUCCCCGCCUCCGUUCUCCUCUCCCCGCCUCCGUUCUCCUCUCCCCGCCUCCGUUCUCCUCUCCCCGCCUCCGUUCUCCUCUCCGCGCCAUCCGAUCUCCUCUCCGCGCCAUCCGAUCUCCUCUCCCCGCCUCCGUUCUCCUCUCCGCGCCAUCCGAUCUCCUCUCCCCGCCUCCGUUCUCCUCUCCCCGCCUCCGUUCUCCUCUCCCCGCCUCCGUUCUCCUCUCCCCGCCUCCGUUCUCCUCUCCGCGCCAUCCGAUCUCCUCUCCCCGCCUCCGUUCUCCUCUCCCCGCCUCCGUUCUCCUCUCCCCGCCUCCGUUCUCCUCUCCCCGCCUCCGUUCUCCUCUCCGCGCCAUCCGAUCUCCUCUCCCCGCCUCCGUUCUCCUCUCCCCGCCUCCGUUCUCCUCUCCCCGCCUCCGUUCUCCUCUCCCCGCCUCCGUUCUCCUCUCCCUGCCUCCGUUCUCCUCUCCCCGCCUCCGUUCUCCUCUCCCCGCCUCCGUUCUCCUCUCCCCGCCUCCGUUCUCCUCUCCCCGCCUCCGUUCUCCUCUCCCCGCCUCCGUUCUCCUCUCCGCGCCAUCCGAUCUCCUCUCCCCGCCUCCGUUCUCCUCUCCCCGCCUCCGUUCUCCUCUCCCCGCCUCCGUUCUCCUCUCCCCGCCUCCGUUCUCCUCUCCCCGCCUCCGUUCUCCUCUCCGCGCCAUCCGAUCUCCUCUUCCCGCCUCCGUUCUCCUCUCCGUGCCAUCCGAUCUCCUCUCCCCGCCUCCGUUCUCCUCUCCCCGCCUCCGUUCUCCUCUCCCCGCCUCCGUUCUCCUCUCCCCGCCUCCGUUCUCCUCUCCCCGCCUCCGUUCUCCUCUCCCCGCCUCCGUUCUCCUCUCCCCGCCUCCGUUCUCCUCUCCCCGCCUCCGUUCUCCUCUCCCCGCCUCCGUUCUCCUCUCCCCACCUCCCGUUCUCCCUCCCUUCUCUCCCUUCCCUCCCUUCCCUCCCUUCCCUCCCAUCCCUCCCUUCUCUCCCUUACCUCCCUGCUCUCCUUUCCUUCCCUUCUCUCCCUUCCCUCCCUUCUCUCCCUUCCCUCCCUUCUCUCCCUUCCUCCCUUCCCUCCCUACCUUCCUACCCCUUCAAUCCCUGCUUCCCUUCUCUCUCGUCACUCCCAUCUCUCCUUGCGCUCCCUUCCGUCCCGUCCCUUGCUUCCCAGCUUCCCUCCCAGCCCUCCCUUCCCUCCCUUCCCUCCCUUCCCUCCCUUCCCUCCCUUCCCUCCCUUCCCUCCCUUCCUUCACUUCCCUCCCUUCCCUCCCUUCCGUCCUACCCCGUCAAACCCUCCCUUUUCUCCCGUCACUCCCAUCCCUCCUUUCGCAAUGACGCGUCCCGUCCCUCGCUUUCCUCCUUCCCUCCCAUCCCUCCCUUCCCUCCCUUUACUCCCUUCCCUCCCUUCCCUCCCUUCCCUCACUUCCUUCCUUUAAAAGCCAGUCCCUCUCCUUUCUCCCUUCCCUCCCUUCUCUCCCUGCUCUCCCUUCCCUCCCUUCCCUCACUUCCCUCCCCUCCCUCCCUUCCAUCUCUUCCCUCCCCUCUCUCACGUCCCUCCCUUCCCUCCGUCCCUCCCUUCCCUCCAUUCCCUCCCUUCCCUCCAUUCCCUCCCAUCCCUCCCUUCCCUCCCUUCCCUCCCUCCCAUCCCUCCCUUCCCUCCCUUCCCUCCCCUCUCUCACGUCCCUCCCUUCCCUCCGUCCCUCCCUUCAUUCCCUCCCAUCCCUGCCUUCCCUCCCUUCCCUCCGUUCCCUCCCUUCUCUCGCUACCCUCCCUUCUCUCUCUUCUCUCCCUUCUCUCCCUUCUCUCCCUUCUCUCCCUUUGA